AUGGUAGAUUCUACAGAUGAUACUGGAGCUGGCAUGUCUAGAAACAAUAGAAACUUUGGGAGCAUCUAGGUUGCAUCAUUCGACGGACUGAAGAAGAAGGACGAAGAAAAGAAGGAAACAUAAGGUGGAUUGAGUCUUAGCUUGGCAGAGAGAAGACGUGGACAAGGCAUCAAGGUAGGAGUUCUUGAAAAUCCUCUCGGCUACUAAAAGCAUCAAAGCGAGAUAGUUGAUCACAUAAAUACCGAGGAACUGAGGAUACCAGUGGCAGACUCUAAUAAAGACCGUGAUUUAAUGAGUUUGAGUGUCAAUUCUCCAUAAAGUGCAUAAUAUGGAAGUAACUUAGACAAUGAUGGGCCUGUUUUCUUGGAGGAAUAUAAUAAACUUUACGAUUAAUUCAAAGUUCUGCCAUUGGUCUUGGAAGGUCCAGAAUUAGACUCAGACUACUCGUACUUUUUGGUGGAUAAGUGCGAAGAACUCAAGGAACUUGAGAAGGCCAUCCCCUUACAAAACUACGAGGAGGAGAGUCAGGACAGAGAUCCUGAAAUGGAGUUUCGACUUCUGACGAGAAUGAAUUGCCACAAGAUUCAUUACUAGAAUUUAUUCAAAAGCCAAAACUUAGAUUUCAAGAGAAAAAAUCGAUACAAUGAGGUACUCCCAUUUUCGCAUUCAAUGGUUAAACUUAAAGAAGCCAAGGAUAAGGCCGAUAGAUAUGGAUACUAUAUUAAUGCUAGUUAUAUCAAUACCCAGCUUAAUUCUGAUAAAGGUAGAAAAGCAUUCAUUGCAGCAACAGCUCCGUUACCAUCGACAACAGAAGCAUUUUGGCAGAUGAUUUAGGAAAACAAUGUAGACCUUGUAAUCAUGCUAUGCUAGGACCAGGAAAAUGGAAAGGAUAUGAGUUUCAGGUAUUAUGAUAAAAGCGAUGAAGCUGAAAGCGAAUCUAUAACGUUUGAUGGAGUUGAGAUAUAAAUAUAAUCCAAGAGCGAAAAAAUAGAAGGACUAGUCAAAAGGAAGAUUCUUGUGAAGAGAGGAGGACAGGAGAGUAUAGUGACUCAUUUGCAAGAGACCAAAUGGGAAGAUAAUCAUGCACCUGAUCACAGUUGUGAAGUUGGGGUAUUUGAGAGAAUAAACCAUCUUAUCAACAAAUGCAAGAAAAAUCGCGAUAAGAAUCCGUAGGGCAGUAUUCUCGUACAUUGCAGUGCUGGAUGUGGAAGGACUGGAACUUUAAUAGGAUUAUACAGUAUUUUGGAAAGCAUCAGAAGUUAAAUAGAUGACAGGACCCAGGGUUUGAUAAAUUCAGGGUAAAAUGUAAGAGAAUCCUACCCAGACCCAUAUUACCUUGACUCUGAGGGCAAAUCGCAGGAAAGAGUCAGUAUAUUUAGUGCUGUCAGAAGAAUCAGGGAGCAGAGAUGGAACCUUGUGAAGAACGUAGAGCAAUAUAAAUACAUCUACUAAUUCACAAAGGAGUGGAUUAAAAAUAACUAGCAGCUUUUAAAGCGAGGCUGA